AUGCAAUACACUAGAGGAAGUCCCUGGGAUUAUGAGGAAUGGAAAAAGGCCGGAUGUGAUCGAUGGGGUUAUAGAGAUGUUUUGCCAUACUUCAUCAAGUCUGAAGACAUGCAGCUUCCAGAAUUUGUAUCUUCACCUUUUCGCGGCAAGGGAGGUCCGCUAGCCAUGUCUUCCGGUUAUAAAUCUGAGGCAACACAGCUCUUUAUCCAGGCAGGACAAGAGCUCGGCUAUAACCGCACAGACUACAAUGGUUAUGACCAAGAAGGCUUCGGUGAGCUGGACAUUCCAGUUGUGGCUGAUCUACCAGUUGGCGAAAACUUGCAGGACCACAUGGGUCUUUUAAUGCAUUCAAAGACGGAUAAAGUUGAAACGUUGAACGCUGAUCUAAUGCAGUCUGUAUGGGCUAAGAUUAAGUACAGAUUGUUCGGCACUGGACCACUGUCAGCCACUUCAGCCGAUGGUUCGGCAUUUUUACACCUAGACAGAAACAAAAAAGGACACGUGUAUCCUGAUAUUCAAAUUAUUAACAUAUUUGCUCUACUACCAAACAUAUUUGGAUUUACUGAGGCUACUGCGAGGGAAAUAGUACCGGUACCAGGGAAAGGGUUUACAAUAUAUAUUCUGAUAACAAAACCGCUCAGUAGAGGAAGUAUAAAGUUAAGAAGCAAGGAUGCAUUUGACUAUCCGUUGAUUGAUCCGAACUAUCUUUCUGAUACGAGGGAUGUUAAAACUUUAGUUGGUGGAGUUCGUAUUUGGGAGAAAAUACUGCAAACAAGGCCAUACCAGGACAUGGGACUCAAGGAGGACGAACACAAAAUGUCAUUCUGCUCACAACAUGAGUUCCGUUCUAAUGCCUACUGGGAAUGCUAUAUUAGACAUGUUGCAGUAACAGCAUACCAUCUUACAAGUACAUGUAAAAUGGGCCCUGAAAAUGAUCCUUCCACUGUUGUAGACACACAGCUUCGUGUUAAAGGUAUCAAGGGUCUGAGAGUCGUGGAUGCUUCUAUAUUUCCAAACAUCACAUCCGGUAACACGAACAUUCCUACUGUAAUGGUAGCAGAAAGGGCCGCAGACUUUAUCCGUGGGGUCGAUAGUGUAGAACACAUAAGGAAACGUAUCAAAUCGAUAAAAAUUGUAACUGACUAA